UGAAAUCCAAGUGACCCAGUGGCUGUGGUACACAUACGCAUGGGAUGGCCACUGUGAACAUGAACGCACCUUUGUGUGAGGGAGGAGGAACAGUGAGAGUGGGAGUGGUUCUGACUGCACUCACAGACUAUGUAUUUAUUGGUGAGGAAGGACGUGGUUUGGACUACAAGUCGGGAAAGAAUAAGGAAGCAAAAUCCUUCUCCUUUGACCAAGUUGUGACUGUUGACAACAUACAGAUGUUCUACCCAGAGUUCCUGCAGCCUCUCACUGAGUCCAUAUCCGGUGGUUACAAUGGAGCGCUGCUGAUAUGUGGAGCCUCCACAGAGAAGAUUAGCGCUCUGAUUGACCAAACUAUCAUCAAACAGGUCUUGGCAGAUCUGUUUAGUCGUGUGUUGUCACAAGGGGAAGAGGAGUUGUUCAUCUCAGUGUCGUCCGUUCAGUUUUACCCAGAUGACAAUGCUGUGGAUCUCCUGAGCCCCAGGAGACAGAGUCUAAAACUUGUGGUUCACCCCGUCCUUGGGAAAUGUAGUUCCCUGUUCUCAGUGGCUGUUGAGUGGAAACUUCACCCAGAGGAGGCGGAGCCGGAGGUCUGCCGCAGCAGGCUGCAGCUGUUCAGACUGGCAGGAGGAGCCGGCAGGACCGACCUCAGAGGAGUCAGCCCACUGGUGAAGGUUGUGGACCAAACCCAACGGGAAGCCACAUCAAAUGACAAGAUUCUCCCUUUCCUCCUAAAUGAUGCCUUAACAGGAAACAGCAGGACAGCCCUCAUUUACUGUAUUAACCCUCAAGAUGACGAGACCCCCUCCGCUUUAGCUUUGGCCCAGAAAGCGAGUGGUUUGGUCACCAAGGCCACUGUUUAUCGCUGGUUUCCAAGAGCAACCGAGCAAAAGAUCAGAGAUAGCAUCGUGGACCAAAGAAACAUAAUGAUGUCGCAGGGCGGAAGCGAAGUUCACAACACCUUCAGGCUAGCAGAGCUGACCCAAAACCUGCAGAUUGUGAAAAGUCAGUCUUGGGAGAAGAGGAGAGAAGAGUCAAAGAAGAUAAAAGGCAAAACACAGAGUUGUCGGCCUCCAAAUAGCAAUGUGCACAGCAGUGAUGACAGAGAGAGUACAGACCCAAUGAAACACUUACAAGCCCAACUGAAACAAGAAAUGGAAGAACAUAUCAGAGAGGGUAAAGGGGAUGUAGAGAAAGUGCAGGAGAGAGUAGGAAGAAUCCAGCAGUUGAGGGAUACCCUCAGAGAGGAAACACUGAAGAGCGGGGCGGCUACAGAGCAAUCUGACCUCUGCCAACAAUCUCAGUUGGAACACAGCAAAGCACAAGAACAGAGGAGGCAACUUAAGGAGGACCACUUGAGAUUAAUUCAGGAGGAGGUGGAGAAGAUGGAGAGAGACUUGGCCCAGGAACCGCUACUGACAGAAGGCCCCCAGAGAGAGCUGCUGGUGCUGACCAGAGAGAGGCGAGUCCUGGUGCUGCAGAUAGAGGCCCUGCGUGCUGAGGCCCAGCAGGCUGAGCAAGACCUGCAGAAUCAAUAUCAACACCACAAAACAGAGCUGCAUUGUCUGAGAGAGGAGAGCCUGCAGGUGUUCAGAGUGUUUCGUCAGGUAAGUGAGGAGCAGAGGACGAUAUCAGAGAGCAGAUACAGAAGUGUGUUGCUGGAAGCUGUGCAGGAUGCAGUCUACCUCUCAGCCCAGAACCAGCAGCUGCAGGCCGACAACAAACAGCUCCGUAAAGCAUUGGGAGAGUUUAAGGAUACUCUUGCUGUGCGGGGUGAUCCUAUGGCUGAACCGUUAUCCCAACAACAUUGA